AUGCUUGCUAUGAUUGGCAAAGUGAGUGAAUCCACCAUCAAGUCCUAUAUACCCGGAUUGUCAGCAACAAGAGCCAUCAGUCGUUAUAUGAUCUUCCUUGAGUAUAAUUUGGAUUGCUUAAACGAAGCAAUGCCAUUGCAAGGUCAGGAGGAAGGUGGAGAAAUACUCGGUAACUGUCAUCGGAAGAACAGGGCAAAAUGGCGCGCACUUUCAGAUGAUGAGAAAGCAGUUUUCAAUCCGCAAAUCUUUUACGCAUUGGCUGGCCUGCCUAACUUCUUGUUGGAUUCAGAAACUGAAGAAGAGAUACUGGACAAUGAUCGAGAAGAGCAAGGGCUUGGUGGCGACUCUCUUGUUCCAAUGCCAAAGGUUGAUAAGCUGAGUGUUGAGGAUGAUGAGCUCUACAGGCCUAUUUAUGAACGGUUAGUCGAUACAGUAAAAGUGGAAAAUGAAUUGGUCAAGCCUCCAGCAGGACCUUCAGCUUCUCAGGUUCAGCGCCAAUCAAAGGCAGCUUUUGAGAAGAUCGCUCAUCAGCUCUCAUGUGAAUCUAAUUGUCUAGAGUUUGCGUACUACCUUGUGGCAACAAGCACUGUGACACCUAUUAAGACCUCCGAGCUGGGAUGGCUCAAGCAAUACAUGUCUCACCCUCCAAUUGCAACUUGGGCCAACGAGACGUGCCAUCUGGCAACUGUCUUUGCAACAUACUCACAGGGUGUUUCAAUGGUGAAGGCCAUUGCCUCAGUUAACCAAAAACCAAAACCACAACUUCAACAUCCUGAUAAACAACAGCCUAGCAAUAAAAUUAAGGUAGAUCUAGGUUGUCUCUUGGCAGCUAUCACAUACAAAACCCUGGGAUACACUCCCCCUCAAGGCUUUCCGCAGACUGCUGACCCAGUAGCCAAAUUGAAAAAAGGGCCUUUCCACUUUCUAUUGUUCUUGCAGAAGAUAUCACAAAAAUUUGAAGCAGCUAUAAACACUGCUGCUCGCGCAAUGCACAAGGUGGUAGGUUCUUGCAGCAACAAUUCCGGUGAUCAGUCUAAAGAAAAUCAAGCAGCAAAGAAUGCAGAGAAGGACAAAGAAGAUCAAAGUGAUUCCACUAUAGAAAGUGGUAGUGAGGAGAAAGAAGAUUGA